AACACUCAAGGGGAUGCUGUUCCACUUUACACUUCGCUGGGUAUUUUGAGCUCAAGUAACCAGCGUUUAGGUCGACAGUGUACAGUGUAGCAUCAGGGGAAGGAAGUGUGGUGUCCAUCCUUGCUGAAAAACAUGUACAUCUGUCGAUACAGGAUUGCUGUCCUGCUAGCUAUUGGUUUAUAUCUGGCGGAAGGCUCCGCAUCUUUUGACCAUGAAGUGACGCCAAGUUGUAGUCCGGCCGAAGCAGUUUGUGAGUUUGACUGGUCUGUCACUCACUCUGAGACAAUGAUACUAUUUGACAAAGACGAUCGUUCUUCUCUGCCUUUAGUCUAUACAAAUGGCUCAAUCUACAAACGCCUAGGAUGCUACGAGUAUGAGGAAGCGACGGAGGAAGAGGUCAAUAACACCAUAACUACCGUCGGCCACCAUAAAAUGAUAUACACUAUCAAUGGACAGCUUCCUGGACCUUCUAUAGUAGUCUACGAGGGACAGCAGGUGGUCGUCAAUGUGAAAAAUGACCUAGUCAUGGAGGGACUAACUAUCCACUGGCACGGACUCUAUCAGAGGGGGACGCCGUGGAUGGACGGAGUGGACAUGAUCAGCCAGUGUCCAAUCAGCCCUGGACAGUCGUUUACUUACAGGUUUAUUGCGGAGCCAGCUGGAACACACUGGUACCACUCCCAUUUGGGGGUCCAAAGAACAGACGGUCUUGCCGGAGCACUCAUUGUACUACCUCGGCCGAGUGAUAAAACGGACGAUGAACCUAUUGAAAAGGAGUUCGUGGUGCUGACCCAGGACUGGUACACCUUCCCCUCUGUCGAGCUGCUGAAACUAUUUCAAUGGGAUCUUCGAAGAUAUUCGUUUGGCCUGGAUGAUCCUCGCUGUUUCAUUUCGUCUGAAAUAAGAAAGUCGGACUUGGGAUUCACGGGGUUUAUGCUGUUUGAAAGCGGCAUCAUCAAUGGCAGAGGCCACUAUUAUCCCGAUUGGGGUGAUGUACCGAAGCUGCCCAAACUACCUUACGAGACGUUCGUCGUCAAGAGUAACAAGACUUAUCGGUUCCGCGUGAUCAAUAGCGCUAACGCCUUCACACUAAUUAUAUCUGUCGACCAGCAUCAACUGGAAGUGAUCUCAACCGACGGCCAUGGCGUUCGGGGGAAAAAGUUGGACUUUAUCGUAACUACACCGGGAGAGAGAUUUGACUUCCUGCUGCGCACGUCGGAAACCCCGGGCAAUUAUUGGUUCCGAGUCGAGGCGAAUGGUGCUGGGCAAAUAAGAGGUGUCCUAAAGUAUGAGACCGUACCAGCCGACAUUCCCAACUCCGUAAGGAAGAACUGUUCUGGCAACGACGAAUGUUUGGCUGUCAAUUGUAUGAAUCAAGUGUUCCCUCCGGACUACAAUCUGACCUGUACACCGCUACACGAACUGAAACUGGACACACGACAGGACAAAAGACAAGUGCCAAAGUACACAGACGAUGGCACAUUCGUCGAAAUCAUGCUCACCAAUCGGUACAAAACACUGAUGCCUAUUGCUGUUAUGAACGGGAAGAGCUUCGUCAAACCGUCUUCUCCUUUGCAGACAUACCCCGACAUUGAAAAUGCGACGGAAUCAUGUAACAAAACAGACAUUAAGUGUGUAGGUGAGGUCUGUUUCUGUACCCACAUCAUCAAGGUUAAACUCGGAACCACCUUGCAGUUUGUCCUAGUAGCUCCAGGACCUUUCGUGAAUGUGCCCAUUCUUGGACUACAACAUCCGACCCACAUACACGGACACGAUUUCCACGUACUGAAGGUGGCUUACUCCCAUUACAACCUAUCCUCGGGCGAGUCCCUCGGGAUGAAUGAAGAUAUCGAGUGUGAGACUAAGGUUUGGUGUGACCGACCAAAGUGGAAAAACGAAUCCUGGGGAGGUGAUAACAUUCCAGGGUUAAACCUUGUGAACCCACCUAUCAAGGACACUGUACUUCUACCAAGACAUGGAUACACAGUCAUUAGGAUGAAGGCUGACAAUCCUGGUUUCUGGUUCAUGCAUUGUCAUAUAGAGAUUCACCAGAUCACAGGCAUGGCCCUUAUACUACAAGUCGGAGACGUGGACGAGAUGCCACCUACACCUAAAAACUUCCCGACUUGUGGCAACUUCAAAUUCCCAAAAGAGGAGUUCGACGAAAUCAUUAAAACGUCAAAGACGUCCAAAAACACCAAAGUACUGAACAGCGCUUCUUCUCUCGUCAGAGACAAACCUGAACUUGACAACGUUCAAAGUGUUCCAGGAUGUGUUAAUUCAGUCCCAGAUGACAAUGACACGAAGACUGUCUACGUCAUCGCAAUAUGUGCACUAGUAGUUACUGCCAUAGCAACCGGACUGUGCUUGGUUUGGCAAAUCAUGGAAAAGAAACGUUUAAUCAACAAGUAUAGUAACGAUGUAAGUGUGACGUACAGCCAGCCAGUGAGUGAUAAAGAUAAUCUCAUCAAUUCGUGCAUGGGCAACAGACAGUCGGCAACAUACCUAACCUUUCGGAAAAAAAGAAGAAUGUCUGUCCAAGUGUCAGUGUUAACUGCCCUCGCUGUGUUGGCUGGAUCUUCUGUGCUAGGGUUUGCUCCGUUUGACCAUGAUGUUACCCCUAGCUGUGGCGAGAAUGAAACAAUAUGUGAAUUUCACUGGCUUAUCAACUAUACAGAGACGAUGGUUAUAUUCCACGAUUAUGAUGACGACGGUAACCCCAUCAUCUACAGGAACGGCUCAUUCUACAAGAGACUCGACUGCGAUUUGUAUGAACAAGCAACAUAUGAAGAUUUAAUGUACACCCUGACCGGUGAUGGCUCCUAUAAGAUACUGUACACCGUAAAUGGCAAGUUCCCUGGGCCGUCGAUGGUUGUCUAUGAAGGACAAGAGGUAGUCGUCCAUGUUAAAAAUGCCCUACUUAUGGAAGGAGUGACUAUACACUGGCAUGGACUCUAUCAGAGGGGGACGCCAUGGAUGGACGGUGUGGACAUGGUCGGUCAGUGUCCAAUCAGUCCUGGACAGUCAUUUACUUACAGGUUCAUUGCGGAUCCAGUUGGGACUCACUGGUACCAUUCACACCUGAGCGUUCAGAGGACUGACGGCUUGGCCGGAGCACUCAUUGUUCUACCAAAACCUAAGAAGAAAAAGGGGUCGGAUCACCAGGAACCUACAGAGAAAGAGUUUGUAGCGCUGAUACAGGACUGGUACCACAAGUCAUCAAUAGAACUAAUGGAACACUUCGUCUGGGAUCUUCGCAGAUACGCAUAUGGUCCUAACGACUCCCGAUGUUUCUUUGCCUCCGAUUUACUGAAGACUGACGGAGGCUUAGCUGGCUUCAUGCUGUUCCAAUCCGGAGUUAUUAACGGAAGAGGGCACAAUUAUCCCGAGUUUGGCGACAACCCGAUGUACCCCAAUCUACCGUACGAGACAUUUGUAGUAAAAAGCAAUAAAACGUACCGGUUCCGAUUGAUCAACACGGGGAAUGCCUUUCCUCUACGGGUGGCUAUAGAUCAGCACAAGUUAGAAUUAAUAGCGACAGACGGUCGAGAUAUACGAGGAGUAGAGACAGACUCCAUAACAACAGUUCCUGGAGAGAGGAUUGACUUCCUGCUGCGCACGACAGAAACUCCGGACAACUACUGGUUCCGGGUCGAGGCUAACGGCGCUGGGCAGGUGAGGGGUGUCGUCCAGUAUGAAUCUGUAGAAAAAGAAGUACCUACGUCUAAACGGAAGUCGUGUUCGGAGACAGAUUGGUGUACAGAUAUCAACUGCAUGGUCCAAGAGUACCCGACCAAUGUCCACGUAAACUGCACGCCAAUAUCGCAGCUACGGUUAUCCCCACACGAACACGAGGAGCGCUCGGUACCCAAAUACACGGAUGAUGGAACGUUUAAGGAGAUAUUUCUGAGUGUUCAUUUCCAAACUAUUACAGAUUUUGCUCAUAUAAACGGGAUUAGUUUUGUCAAACCAACCAGUGCUUUACAGACAUACCCCAACAUGAGUGAAGCCGUGGAGAACUGUAACAGCACAGACAUCCACUGUUACGAGGAGGUGUGUUUCUGUACACAAAUCAUCAAACUGGCUCUUGGUACUACUGUCCAGUUCAUCAUGGUCAAUCCAGGGCCAUUAGUUAACGAGACAGAGCUUGGCCUGCAGCAUCCUAUGCACAUUCACGGACAUACGUUCCACGUGCUCAAGGUUGCAUACUCCGAGUACAAUGCAUCUGGAAUCGCUGUCAGCCUUAACAAUGACAUCCGGUGUGAUUCGAUAUUUUGCGACGGCGCAACUUGGUCCAAUGAUACUUGGGGAGGUGACAAUAUUCCCGGACUUAAUUUGAAGGAUCCUCCCAUUAAAGACACGGUUCUGGUGCCAAGGCACGGUUACACUGUCAUCAGGAUGAUUGCUAAUAACCCCGGAUUCUGGUUUUUUCACUGUCAUAUAGAAAUUCACCAAAUAGCAGGGAUGGCCCUCGUACUACAAGUCGGAGACGUGGACGAGAUGCCACCGACACCUAAAAACUUCCCGACGUGUGGCAGCUUCAACUUUCCGCAGGACGAAUUUGCAACAUUUGUCAAUGUUUCAACAGAGACAGAUAAACCGAAAGAUUCUUCCCUGCAGCCAGAUUUAAAGCUCAGUUCCGGUUUUUCAAUACCUCAAGUAAAAUCGAGUAGUGAAGACCCUUCCUCGUGUACUAACAAGUAGAAGUCGGAUAUGGAAGCUUUGUACAUCAUCAUUAUCUGUGUUCUUGUCGUCCUUCUGGUCUUGUUGUCAGCGAUCGUAUGUUGGCAACGUUACGAAAAAGAGGCCGCCUCUAAUGAUAAUUUAAGCGCUCGUUAUGUCCUACUCCAGGCGGCUAAUGGUAACGCUGGCAAUGACACGACCGAUUAUCUCACUUUCAAUAAGAUGUAACAACAUUUAAAUCAUGGACACGAGUCUUUAAACGACAAACACUUUAUUAUUUACCAUAACUCAAGAUUGUCUUUGAAAUUGCUUAUGAUACAAUGUUACAGUAGACUCAUAUUUUCUCACAUUACUAUAUGGUGUUCAACGUUAACUGAUAUUCUUUAGAAAGCAUGCAGUAUUUAUAAAACAUUUAGAUUAAUCAAUUAUAUGUUUAAUCCUUUUUUCAGUAACUUAUUUCUACUGUAUCUAAAGAGGCUCUUGUGAGCGAAAGACCGAAAACUUAAUUGCAUGAUGUGUACUUCUUAUAUAAACAGCUUAGCGGUUUAUUUAGAGAAUACCUCGUGUUUUGCCUCUACACAGCCACAGAGCAAUUCAUAAUUUCGUUUGACCCUUACAGUUAAAUACAGCAUGAACUUCAAAUAAAAUGUUCUUGUUCUUUAUAAAUCUAAAAUGGCAGUUUGUUCAGAUGGAUACAUUACAGAGGAGCAACCUAUUUAUUUUGACAAGACAAAGGGUCCCGUUUUUGUAUAUACAUAAUAUCAAUCAACAAUGUAAAUGAUAUAUCCAUUUGUACGGUACUUUCGUGUCGCGGUUUCCAGCUGUGAUAUACAUUUUCGCUGCUACAUAUAUAAUGCAAAUAUUAGUGUAUUGUUGUAUUUAUUUUCAUAUUAUUUAUAAAUAAAUCUUUCUCUUGUAAUAAGCAUUUUUAUUGGCUUAAACAAAUAUUAUAUCAAUCCAUAACGUAAAAUGUUUUCGUCGUUUGUAAUGAUUUUUGAUUGACUGAUAGAGCGGUGUAAUAACUUCUAAGAGAAAAGUGUUCAUCAAUAAAAGUACAUAUCAUAUAGGUAUCGUGAAUAGUAGAUUAAAUCAUAAGGUUAUCUAUGUUGUGGAGCUAUAACACAAACAAUUGGAGAGAACUCUUAUCAUAAACCGCAUUGCAAUUUAUUUAGAGUACACUCAUUUUUUUAAAUUUCUAUUUAUAUAUAUACAGUGUAAAUAUAUAUAUUUUGUUUGUUUGUUUGUUUUUUUGCUUUUGUAUUGUUGUUAUCUUUUUUUUUCUCUCGUUAUGGCUCCAUAGCAUGAAAACAUCUUCAAGUUAAGUUAAUCAACCACGAUCUGUUUUUACAGAAAGGGACAAGUAUUUACUAAUUGUAUUUCUACAUUGUAUUUCUACAUUGUAUUUCUAUUCGAUGUAUAUUCUUUAUCUUAUAGAUCGCCACCUAUAUCGGGUUUUUUUCCCGAUCGGGUGCUUUACGUAUAUUUUGAAUAUAACCAGAUUAGUGUGACAUAACUACUGUACUUUUUUAAAGACAUUGAUUAAAUAGUCAUAAGCUAUCACCAUUAAGUUUGAAAUGAAUGCGUGCGUUUGAAUGGAAAUUACACCUUACUUGAUGAUACAUAUUUUCGAAAAUCUAAUAAAAUAUACCACCAUACUCCACGAAAGUACAACAUGAACUAUAUCUUGUUUUGUUUCUACGCAAUAAAAAGUUUGAUUGAAAA